GAGCCUUCAGAACACUGUUUCUUCUGAGCUUUUUCACUGAUCGCUUAUGGAUUCACAUCCUUCACUCUCAACCCUUCCUAUCCUUGUUCUAUUAAUUAUCAGUUGGAAUCCCUUAUGCUUUGCCACUUCUCCAUGUCAUUUUCCGGCAAUCUUUAACUUCGGAGACUCAAACUCCGACACCGGUGGCUUGUCUGCCGCUUUCGGUCAGGCAGGUCCUCCUCAUGGCGAGUCUUUUUUCCACCACCCCGCCGGACGCUACUGUGAUGGCCGCCUUAUUGUCGACUUCAUUGCGGAGAAGCUUGGAUUGCCAUAUCUGAGCGCAUUCCUUGAUUCAUUAGGCAGCAACUUCAGACAUGGAGCAAAUUUUGCAACUGCUGGAUCCACCAUUAGACCUCAAAACACCACUCUUCGCCAGAGCGGUUUUAGUCCCAUUUCCUUGGAUGUUCAAUGGUAUCAGUUCUCUGAUUUUCACAGAAGAUCCCAAAUCAUUCGUAGCAAAGGUGGAAUUUAUAAAAAUUUGUUGCCUAAGGCUUCAGAUUUCUCUCGUGCGUUGUAUACAUUUGAUAUUGGUCAGAACGAUCUUACUUCUGGUUAUUUCUUGAACAUGUCUACUAAUGAAGUUAGAGCAUCUGUUCCAGAUGUUCUCAACCAGUUCAAGAACGUUGUUUCGUACAUCUAUGGCGUAGGAGGAAGAAACUUUUGGAUUCAUAAUACAGGACCAUUUGGUUGUCUAGCUUAUGUUAUAGAUCGCAUGCCAAUUUCAAAAGCAGAGUUUGACGAUGUUGGAUGUGGGAUUCCAUUCAAUGAGGUAGCUCAAUAUUUCAAUCGUGGAUUGAAGAAGGUUGUUGCCCAGUUGAGAAAGCAAUUGCCCCAUGCUUCAAUAACUUAUGUCGACGUCUACACAGUAAAAUACAACCUUAUCAGCCGAGCAAGAAAGCACGGGUUCGAGGAAUCGUUGAGAGCUUGCUGUGGACAUGGAGGAAAGUAUAAUUACAACAAGCACAUUGGAUGCGGAGGAAAGAUUACAGUGCAAGGAAAACAAGUACUGGUUGGGAAACCAUGCAAAGAUCCUUCAAGAUGGAUUAACUGGGAUGGAGUUCAUUACACUCAGGCAGCUAACAAAUGGAUUUUUGAACAAAUUGUAAAUGGUUCAUUUUCAGACCCACCAAUUCCAUUGAAUAUGGCUUGCCAUAGGCAGCCUAGAGUUGAUUAAUUUACUUGUCAUUUUUCUGGCUGAUGGCUCCCAGAACUGGAAUAUUGCCCACCAAAUGUGAUGGCAUUUCAAAGGCUGGUUUAUGAAAUUCGCCUUUUCAUUUA